AUGCAGAAAUUUGAUUUGCUAGCUUCCUUUGAUACUGAAAAGUACCAUUUAACCCUCGGUGGGUUCUACCCAAGUACCCACAUCAAAUAUAAAUACCUCUACGUCUUAAGCUGCAUUUUCAACUUGUUCAUAUCAUGGUCUCAGUUCCUCUCCAUGGCUACAUUUUCAUAUUUCAACUCCUCAAAUCUAGAGAAACUCUCAGAAAUUCUUUUAUUCUGCAUGACUCAGUUCGCUUUUCUGAACAAACUGACAAAUUUUGUUGCACAAAAAACCAGUUUGAUGAAAUUGGAGGUGAUGUUGCAGAGUUAUCUUCUGACAAACGUAACUCAGAAAGAGAUCGACGUUCUGGAAAACCACAUAAAGGAAGGAAGGCUUCUAGCUAAGGUCUACAGGGUGUUGUGCUUUCUGGUGGUUCUGUUCUAUGCUCUGUUUCCAUUUUUGGACGAUCGAUCUGGGGAAAGUCACAAAUUUCCUUUGCCUUGCUGGUUCCCCUUUGAUGAAAUUAAGUAUUACUACCAAGUAUUCUUCAUGGAGAUUCUAAGUAUAGCCGUUGGUGCAUGGAUCAAUUCAAACAUCGAUAUCUUGACUGUCAUGAUGUGUGUAUUAGCGACGGCUGAAUUUGAGGUUUUGAGGAAUAGAUUGGCUACUAUUUUACAACCCCUGUCUACAUCUGCAAGUAUCGCCGAGGGAGAUGCACUGGUAAAGACGAAGUUAAGGGAUUGUGUGAAUCAGUACGAUGAGUUACUUUGUUUGGUAAAUCAAAUAGAAAUUACGUUCUCAAAAGGGAUUUUCGUGCAGUUUUUCUGCAGUGUCAUAGUCAUUUGCCUAACAGGGUUUCAGAUGAUAGUGAUAUCCUUCAACAGCAUGCAGUUCUUUUUACUAAUCGUAUACUUCUCGUGCAUGAUGUGUCAGGUGGCCAUGUAUUGCUGGUACGGACAUACCGUCAUGGAGAGUAGUGACAAGAUUAGGGACGCUUGCUACUUAGCCGAUUGGAAUGAAUCCGAUUUGAUUGUUCAGAAAUCCCUGCUUAUGAUAAUGGAAAGGGCCAAGAGACCUGCGAUACUUAGGGCUGGGAAUUUCUUUGAAUUGAACAUACCAACGCUGAUGAAGAUUUUGAGAUCGUCUUAUUCGUACUUUGCGGUACUACAACGACUUUAUGGCAAAAAAUAA